CCUGGAGUGUCUCCUGGAAGGCUGCCGCACAGGCACACCAGAGGGCACAAGGCAGGGAGAAGCCGUUCCCUGUGUGACCAGUGUGACAGGACGUUCUCCCGCGAGGCUCACCUCGCUGAGCACGUCGGAGCUCACAGCGGGGAGCGGCCCUUCCAGUGUCCAGAGUGCAAGAAGGGUUUCCGCCUGCACAGAAGCCUGCGAGCCCACCUGGGGCAGCACAGCGGGGAGAAGCUCCAGUGCUCGGACUGCGGGAGGGCCCCCUGGAAGAACGCCAUGAGGGCCCACCAGCGGCUCCACAGCGAGGAGAGGCCGCUCUCCUGUGCCGAGUGCGGCAAGAGGUUCACCCGGCCCUCCCAGCUCGCUCGCCACAGCCGCGCCCACAGCAGGCAGAAGGAGUUCUCUUGUGCCGAGUGCGGCAAGACCUUUCCCCGGCAGUCCAGGCACACGGAGCACCUCCAGGUCCACGCCAAGGAAAAGCCAUUCUCCUGUGCCGAGUGCAGCCGGGGCUUCCGCCGACACUCCCACCUCGCCGAGCACAGGAGGCUGCACGGUGGGGAGGGGCCGUUCCGCUGUCCUGAGUGUGACAAGAGCUGCUUCUGGAAGGCCUCUGUGAAGGCCCGCCAGCGGGGGCACAGGGGCGAGAGGCCGUUCGCCUGCAGCGAGUGCGGCAGGGCCUACGCCCAGCAGUCUCAGCUGGCCGAGCACGCGAGAAUCCACAGUGGGGAGAGCCCCUUCCCGUGUCCCGAGUGCGGGAAGGGUUUCCGUCUCAAAGGAAACUUGAAAAGCCACCUGCUCCACAGUGGCCAAAAACCAUUCUCUUGUGUGAAGCGUGGCAAAGGUUUCACACAGCAGUACAGGCUCACAGAACACACUCGAGUCCACAGUGGCGAGACUCCCUUCCAGGGUCCACAGUGCGACAAGAGCUACUGCAUCAGGGGGAGUCUGAAGGUCCAUCUGCACAUGCACGGCGGACAGAAGUCCUUCGGGUGUCCUGAGUGCGGCAGAGGCUUCCUCCAGAAGAGAAGUUUGAAGUCCCAUCUGCACCAUCACAGAGGGGAGAGGCCUUUUUCUCGUGAUGAGUGUGGGAGGAGCUUCACGUCCAUGGGGGCACUGAACACCCAUGUUGCUGCAGUGCACACCAGGGAAAAGCCCAUCGGCCUCUAAGUCGAGCCACACAGGCAGUGAGCAGUGGCGGCCGUUAGGUGGGCCCGCAGAUCUCUUGGCUCUGGCCGAGGGAGGAUGAAGAAUUCAUGGAACGCUGGCUUCAGACACACGGGCCAGAUGCAUACGUAGUAGGCGGGGUGUGACGCCUCCUUGAAGAAGGGUCCAGAUGAUCCAGGCAUGACAGUCAUCUCCCCUCUGUAACCGUCAUGGGCAGGGCCUGCCAGUCGUGGGAGGAGCGUCUUACUCUGUUCUCCUGCUUCAUCCACUGGUGUGUCGUCCAAGAGCAAGGCCAAUCCCUUCGUUACAAUCUGAACCCGCAGCCUCUGAACAAAUGUUACAGACGGAACUGUUGCCCCCAAACACCUCAGCGUGCUUUCCAUUAGCAGGCUGCCUUGUGUGGUGGGAGUUUUCCGUUUUGUCUCAUUGUGAAUUUUCAUUUUCUUGCAAAUGGCUGAGAGGGCAUCUGUGUCUUGGGGGAAUUUUUCUACAUUGUUCCGAAUAAAUGUCACUUACCAUCUAAUUUGUUAAAA